CCUAUGCUCGAGGUCAAAAAAGACAUUUUCAUCUCUUGUGGUGAUAACAAAUAAUAAUAAAACAAAACACAACGCUAAAUCAAAACAACAAUCAAAACUUAAACUUAAGCAACACAGCAAAUAUGCUGUUACUUAGGAAGCGCAAAAACCACUGCGUAAUGGCAACUGAUCUCCGAUUGCUCCUCUUGACACAACUAAUUGGUGUAUGCUUAUCGGCGCUGGCACAGGCACAGGCACAGUUGAAGCUACAAAUUGCCGAUUUACAAGUCGACGCAACACGACGCGAGUACUUCGCCCUACAGGACUCGUUGUGGGAUUACUUGAAUAGAGACGGUACCAGCAAAAGUUCGCAACUGCGAAAAGUUUACGACUCGCAUCGCAAAUUUGUUAAUGACAACCUACAAAGCAAUUUCGAGGUGGGAAAGUAUGAUAUACUAAAUCACUACGAAUGGAGUCUAUUGGAGCGCGACUUGCUGCAAAUCGACAGCAUAUUCGGUUACUAUAAGAAUUUCAUGACCGAGCACAACAACACAGCUGAGCUAAAUGAGCGCGCCGUACUGGACAUCUGCGAGACGGUGCUACGUAACGACAACACCUUUUCAAUGUCGCGCAUUUUCCAGGAUGUCGAACUAGUGAUGGUGAAGCAAGCACUGUAUUACAGAGCAAUGCUGGAAUCGAUGGACCAAAUAUGCCACACAAAACAAUCGGCCCAGCAGUUCCUUAAUUCGCUGUAUGCGGAUAUAGCCCUAACCGAACUAAAGGGCUACACUAUGAUGCAGUUUUCCUGGAUGAUGUUAAGGAUCUACGGCAAAGGUAACUUUACACAAGAGGUCGAUUUAAUGCGCAUGGACUUUGAGAAACGAACUGAGCGCACGCUAAAAUUAUUGCGAGAAGUUAUGCGGCGCGCCGAUCGCAUUGUGUGGCGUUGCGAUCCUGCUAAAUUUGUACGGGGCAAAAAUUACGAUGAGGUGACUCGGCUAUUACAGGGCUACAUCGAGAAUGAAGUUGACUUGAAUAAGGAGGAAACCUGCCGUGAGACUUGCGAUUUUUACCAAUCAACCAGAUCGGAGGGUUGCUUUAAAGAUCUGUACUGCGCACGCCAACCCAGAUGUUCUGGUAAAUUGUAUCACUGCACAUUUGUGGACUCAGACAUGUGGGUGUGCCCUGCUAGCCGUAAUAGUACGCGGCGCUAUGAAUACAUUGAAUAUGAAAAUGGGCGCGUACUUGGUCAGCGAUCAGCCUGUGUGCGUGGCACAACAAAGGUGGACUCCUGGUGGCGCUAUCUUUUCUGGCAUUGCAGCUACUGCUUUUGUUUGUGCGAUGAGAUUAGUAUUAAAUCUGAUCGCUACUUCAAUCUUCGCGAAACAGCCUCUGAUGUGGAAAACAAUAAGGUCGUCACUGGCUUACGUUUCGUGAAAAAUAAUCGUAUAUUUCACUUACAAAUUCAAGAAGGACAACUUUUACCACGAGGUGCCAUAAAUCGAACUAGCCUCUCUUGGAAGCCGUUUGAAGACUAUAAAAUAUUCGAUAGAGACGUGCGUAAUGGGCGGGACUAUCACACGCUUAGUUUCGAAAGCCGCUCGGUCGACUUGGACGACAUCUACACAGACGACAAUUCAUAUGUUGUCGUUGGUGUGCGAUUCCGAGUGGUUGGCGCCCAUUUGAACGUAGAGGCCAAGCUAGCCGAAUACGACUUUAAAGCUGGCAAAUUAAUAAAUCCGGAAAUCAAUAGCUUUUGGAAAUCCAACGACAACACAGACGUUAGCGGCGACCGAAGGCAAAAAAUAAAUCUCCACAACCCGGAUAUGUCUACGCGCACUAUUGUCAAAUCUAUACCAGACUCUCGACACAACCAGUACAUUGACUUUGUCAAUACGAGCUUGGAAAAAGAUGCUGCGCAAAGCACUGUGCCUUUUAUUGAUACACAGGAAGUGGUAUCCAAUCCUCCAGUGCCUCUUUCCGGCCUCGGCAUAUACCAUAAGGGGCAAAGUGGUUAUGGCGGUUUUCUUGCACCAAAGAUUAUGACCUACGAU